CGACUAGGGCUACAGGAAUAAAUUGUACAUGGGUUUUGGGUGCAAUUCAAACAAAUAAAUGGCCAUGAGUUCGUUUUUGAUCAGCUCCAGUUAUGUGGACCCCAAAUUUCCACCGUGCGAGGAAUACUCCCACAAUGAUUACCUUCCUAGCCAUUCUCCAGCGUAUUUCUGCAACCAGAAGAGAGAAAACAGCUUCCAGCAUGGGGUGACCUCCCCCCGAACUGCCUGCACCAGUCAGCACUACUCCUGUCUGGGCUCCGGACGCCAGUCUUCCAUGUUAUCUCCCCGGACUCAUCCCCAAGCUGCACUGCUCCCUGAAGAAAAGCAUCAGUGUCAAACCACCGUCCCUGGGUCACCUCCGUCCUGCAGCCGAAUGUCCUUAGACCAUAAACCCACAGAACCCUCCUCCCAGGACCCAGUUGUGUAUCCCUGGAUGAAGAAGGUGCACAUAGCUACUGUCAGUGCUACUUAUUCUGGGGGAGAACCCAAGCGCUCCCGCACAGCCUACACCAGGCAGCAAGUACUGGAGCUGGAAAAGGAGUUUCAUUAUAACCGCUAUCUGACCCGCAGACGCAGAGUAGAGAUUGCGCACACACUGCGCCUUUCUGAGCGUCAGAUCAAGAUAUGGUUCCAAAAUAGGAGAAUGAAGUGGAAAAAAGAUCAUAAACUUCCAAAUACCAAAAUAAGGUCUAACAACUCUUCAAGCCUCCAAGUGACUGGGGGUUCCCAGAUUCAGGGCAACAGCUCCCCGACAGGGCCUUAAAAAGCCUCUAGCUGAUUUUUUUUUUUUCUAAACAAAAUAUCUUAUAUGAAACUAGACAUUUUCGUUAUUUAUUUAAAGGAAGCCUGUGCCAAGGGGAAGCAGACUUGACUUUGUUCCUUGCCUCAUUCAGGAGAAGUCUGUAGAUAGAUUUCAGAUCUGGAGAAGAUAGAUCUAUGUUUCAUCUUUAAUCACGCCAAACCCUGGCCCAUUUGUCAUGUUUACACUGCGGUACAAAGGAUGAACCUCGCUUGACAGAACCGACGUUCACUUUAAUAAAUGAGGCUCCUUCUUCUGGCAGAACUGUAUUUUCUCUGCCUUUGUGAUACAGCAGGACCUUCACUGUCGGUUCUGACACCCAUGCACAAUACUAGUUACAUGUACAUUGCCAGGACUGGAGGAGACAGGCACAUUUGUGUUAAUAUUAUUGUUCUUCAAUAGCUGGUGCUUUCCAUCUUUAUACUUAGCACUCAGUAGGGAAUUGUAAACACCUAGAUUUUUAAAAUAUUCGCUCUCAUAUAUAGAAGUCUGUAACAUAAUAAAUGGUGACCUGAAGGGUGAAACAUUUAUAAACUCCAUCUGAUAUUCCAAUUAAUCCUACAUGUAUUUAAAUGCAGAGAUUCAUAUUAAGGGACAAGGCAAACAAAGGAACGGAAACAUCAUGUAAAGCAAUAGUUUCUCAACAGUGACUUUGCAUUGGGAUCUAAUCUUGCUCAUUGUAAAUAGAAUACAAAUAAAUAUUUUUUCCCUCA